GCCCCAUGGUUGUAAUAGCAAAAGGAUCAAUAGCACCGACUGAUGGCAAAAAAGAUCAACUCAACAAAACAAAAGAAGCUGACCAUGGAAUAUCUCUCGUUGGAUAUUCUAUUAUUGGCAGUCUCUGUAUUCUUAUUAUGUUUUUACUGUUUUAUAUCGUGAGGAUCAAAAGAACAAACAGAACUCUCAAAGCUGAAAAAAGGUUAUCACAGAAAUCCAGAGUUGACGAAACCGUUUUUGAGAACGUUGCUGAGAUGGAAGRUCGUAGAUAUGCGUCUGAAGAUGUCUCAAAUACUCCUCCAAUCAUAACCGAGGAUGUAUACGAACAAGUCGACCAGCGGUGUGGACCUUAUGGCAUGACGUCAGACCCACGUGACCAAAAAUUCACCAUUCAGAACACACACGCAGCUGUAGACCCUGAGGCCAAUACUAAGGAAAUUGAUGAACAGCUCCCUCCCCCUCCCCCACCGCCGAUCAACGAUGAGGAGUAUGAAGAAAUAGACCGAGCUGUAGACACAAGUAAAAGAGGUACGAAAUCUUUUCUUCCAAUGAAAGUGCCMGCUAAGUUUAAAUUUGAUAAGCUGUGCAGCGAGUAUUAUGAAGACAUGGGAGCGACAACAGCGGGAAGCCCAACGAAAGUUAAAACCAAUGUUGGAGAAAGGGACCUCGAGGAGAGAGAAAGGCCUGAUUACCAGCCACUUCAGUUAGAUAUAGACCAAUCUGAAUAUAAAGAGCUUCAUAGUUAUGGCAACAUUAGACGCACUGAUCACACGGAUUCGUAUUAAUAAUCGAUUAUAGGGAUAUUCGUAGAGAUCUCGAAUUCAGCGUCCAAUAUAAUGGCUCAAUGUGAACGACAACAUUUGCUAAUAUAAUCUGAAUAUAAAGAGCUUCAUAAUUAUGGCAACAUUAGACGCACUGACCACAAUGAAUCGUAUUCAUAAUCGAUUAUAGAGAUAUUCGUAGAGAUCUCGAAUUCAACGUCCAAAUCCGGCUUAUUUCUAUAAUGCCUCAAUGUGAACGACAACAUUUUGGUAUUCGUAGAAAAAAAAAAUGGAGACGUUUCUCUAGGAUGCGUUUCAAUUUUUAUUUUAUUUUAUCUUUUGCAGUUUCUAUCUUUUCCUUUUCUAUAACAUUCCAGGCUUAUUGACUGAGAUAUUACAUAUAUGAUUCUGUCUCUCCAGA